AUGUCGUGUCAUCCGCUAACCAGCGAGAAGAGGAAGUGGACCUGUCUUCGUGUUGCGGUGUGUCGUUAUGUCUUGGUACCUUCGAUCAAAAGACCUCGAGUAGCAGGCAAUAAAUGCCAAUUGGGUCGAACUCCAAUCAAAUCGCAACGACCAUUGAAAUCCGCUGAUAGUGAGACUAUGGAACAGCUUGUCAUCCAAGAACAAAAAAAAACAAUCGAAAGGCUACAGACCGUUCUUUGUCAGGAGUUGAAAGAAAAGAAAAGAGAAUUAAAUAACAGAACUAAGAAAAACGGAACGGUGAAGCAAGCUUUGGCACUUCUGCAGAGUGAAUCGACUGAAACGGUCGAGAACAUAAUGACUGACUUAAAGGGCAUCGAUGAAUAG